AUGUUCCAAUUCUCGUCUCUGGUCCAGAAGGCCCAGUCCCUCAUUGAUCCGUCCAACUUCAAUAUCCCGGCCAUUUCAAACUCGGAUCGCAACCCGUCCAAGGCCUCGCUGUUUCGCCAGCAAUUCCGCCUCCCGGACUCGCAGAAUCCGCUGCAGGAGAUCACUGCGGAGCUCAUUCUCCCCGCUCCCCCGUCUUCAUCUUCGGCGACGCAUGGAGAACGGUCUCGAGAUGCGGAACGCUCCGGGACUCGCUAUACGGGCCGCCUACACUUGAGCGAGCGCUUUCUGUGCUUCUCGACGCAACCCACGAGCUUUGCCCCCUCUGCCAGUCUGAGUGCUGCGACCACUUUCACCGGUCAGACCCAUGGGACGGGCCCUUCUGGCAAUGGGUUCACCCUGCCACUGUGCUCCAUUCGCCGCGUAGAGCGGCUCAACAGCCUGAGCCAUGUCUUCUCGCUGGCGCUGACGACGUGGAACGGUGCAUUGGGGAAACAGUCGGCCGCUAAAGACCCUUCCUUCGUCCCACAACGGUUCAUCAUCCAAUUGCUCGGGAGCAGGCAGGCCUGCGAACGGUUUUGUGACGGACUGAAGAAAGGGCUGCGGGAGGGGAUGAAAGAGAUCGAGAAUCUGCGCAUGGUGGUGGCAGACGCCUAUUCGGAGUACCUCUUGACAGCACCCAAGACCAAGGGUGAGGAGUCGUCCGAUCAGCCACCGCGACAGCCGCCCGAUGCGGGAUUGGGCAUGGUCUUUCGGUAUCCCGGAGAUGCCCGUAAACUCAGGGAUCGAAGCAAGAUGAGGUUGUGGGCCGAGUAUUUCAGGGAGAACGGGCGUAAUGUCACUCUCAUCCGCCAGCCAACAUUCCAUAAACUUAUUCGGGUUGGAUUGCCUAAUCGCCUUCGGGGAGAGAUCUGGGAGCUCACUUCCGGUUCUCUCUACGUUCGCUUGAGGUCGCCUAAACUCUACGAAGAGACCUUGGCGAAAUUCUCGGGGAAAGAGUCUCUGGCCAUCGACGAGAUCGAGAAGGAUUUGAACCGCAGUCUUCCCGAAUAUCCCGGUUUUCAGAGCGAGGAAGGUAUCGGGCGUUUGCGGAGGGUGUUGACAGCCUACAGCUGGACAAAUGCCCAAGUUGGUUAUUGCCAGGCGAUGAACAUUGUUGUUGCAGCUCUGUUGAUUUAUAUGUCCGAGGCACAAGCAUUCUUUUUGCUGUCGGUUCUCUGUGACCGUUUGCUUCCUGGAUAUUACUCGACAACUAUGUACGGCACGCUGCUGGAUCAGAAGGUUUUCGAGUCACUCGUCGAGAAGACGAUGCCUGUCCUGUGGGACCAUUUGGUCAAGUCCGACGUGCAGUUGUCCGUCGUUUCCCUGCCCUGGUUCCUUUCGUUAUAUAUUAACUCUAUGCCUCUCGUGUUUGCCUUCCGCGUCUUGGAUGUGUUUUUCCUCGAAGGGCCUAAAGUGCUUUUCCAGGUGGGGCUGGCCAUUCUACGGAUCAACGGUGAGGAGCUUUUGGACGUGCACGAUGACGGAUCCUUCAUUUCCGUCCUGAAGUCGUACUUUUCUCGCCUGGACGAAUCGGCACAUCCGCGUUCCGAGAACCCGAAGUUGAGAGCGAUAACCCGGUUCCAGGAGCUGAUGGUGGUCGCCUUUAAAGAAUUUGCGGGAAUCACUCAUAGUGUUAUCACGGAGCAGCGUGCCAAACACAAAGAUGCCGUGUUGGAGAAUAUCGAGAGCUUCGCCAAGAGAACCUCGAUUCGAAAUUUAGGGCCCGAGAGCAAGAAACUGAGUAUGGAUGACCUGGGAGUAAUCUAUGAUCGCUACUACCAGGUACUCUACGACCAGGAGCAGAGACAGAAACAACUCGCAGAGGAGAAGCAGCGGCAGGAGAAGAAGAAAAUAGAGCGCCUUUCCAUCCUGGGCCCUCCUGCCGACGCCGAGGUUGGGCGUGUCGGUCUCGGGCCAAGCCCUACCCAUAUGGACUACGAUGCGUUCCGGGAGUUUUUGGCGGCCACGGCGAAGUGGGCGAUUGCGGAUUCACCCGGUCAAUCGAGAAACAAUUCCAGUUCUGACAACUAUAGUGUGCGAGGCCGCAGCAAGUCUGAUUCCAAAUGGGGCGGCAAGGUGGAGCCGGCAGACCACGAGUUCAUGCAGCGACUGUACCGCAAGUGGAAGUCAAGCGAUAGCGAAGGACUAAGCCUGCAGAAUGUUGUCAAUGGCUUGGCGCGUCUAAAGGGAACACGGGAUAUCAUGAAUUCCAUCAACUACUUCUUCGACCUGUACGAUGACAACGGGAAUGGACAGGUAGAUCGGGAAGGCAUUCUCAGGAUGUCGGAGGCUCUGCUCUUCUUGUCGAGGCGAGGAUUCGAUGGAGCUUUGAGAGUGAGUGAAUCGCCAGAGGCUGUGGAUGGCAGCCUGUCGGGCGACAAGGUGAAACUCAGUGUCGAUGAACGAUUUCUGGGCAGUGUCAGUUCAUUUAUCAGACGCUGUUUCGAAUACGCCGACCCUAGCCACCCUCAGAAUCAGACUAAGGAUGAUUCUAAGAAAGAGGAGAGCACAGAAAGUGCCACAGAGAAGCUAGACGCUUUUGCGAUUGGUGAUGACGAUGAUGAAGAUGAUCUUCUCGACCUGGAUGAGAAGGAGAAGCCCAAUUCGGCAGAGAAAUUGAGCACAGCUGCUCCCUCGACCCCCAAGCCAGGGGGGAAGUCGUCGGCUGCUGUCACCUCGCCCUCCGGCCGAAGCGCAGCGGAAUCCGCCAACGCGGCCCUAGACCCGAACAACCCAUUGCACAUUACGCUCCCGACCUUCCGAAUGGUGAUCUUGGCCGACGAACUCCUCGAGCAAUUCUUCGAAUCUUUCUUCCCCCAGUCUUUCCACCUGUCCGAUCGACCGAAUCCCGCAUCCUUGGCGCCAUCCUCAUCCCUUUCUUUGAACCUGACCACAUUCUCCAACAUCGGCGGCGCCAAGCCGCAAGCCAAUGCCAUGUCGGGCGCAACCGUUGGCGGCGCCUCGGGCGGUAUCGUCCCUCCCAACAAGGGCCUCCGGGGAGUAUUGGACAACAUUGUUUCCGACGGGAUGCGCAUGGCCGCCGAAGUCAAGAAGAAGAUGGACGAGGCCCAACGGGAGAUGGAGCGGAACGCACUGGGCCGCAACAACAACAACGACGAGGACGACGAGGAUGACGAUGACGGCCCGAUCUCGUCGACGACGCCCAUGGUCGGGGGCAUCUCGAGCUGGGGCGCGGGCGCAUACCCGAUCGACCCGGAGCGUCGCAGAGUCCGCGAACGAGACCGCGACAUCCUGGAAGGCGCCGAGGCGGCGUCCGUGCUAGACGGGAAAGACGCGCAUUCCGCACAGCAGCAUCAGCCGAGCGAGCAUAACCCGUCGUCUCAUGAAGUAUCGGACGGAAGCCAUAAUCAUGAUGAUGGAGGUGGUGGGGGAGGAGGAGGAGAAGAAGAACAUACGAUAGUCAGCAAAGUAGAAUUCGACUCGUAG